CCCCCUUUCACGUCGUUGAAUGUGUGGUUUAAUAGAGCUGCAACAGCCUGUUAAGACCUUAAUCUGUUUGUAAGCAUUUAACAGUUAGUUACAAAGAUCCUUUUCGACAGAUAUUGCCAUCAUGAGGACAGUUUUCAGUCUUUGUCUCGUGACCAAGCUGUUUUACCUUGUGUUGUCCUGUGAAGAUCAAACACAUUAUAUGAAGGCAGAUAAAUGCUGCAAGAUGUGUGGACCAGGUAAGAGGAUGUUGGUGGAUGAUAAUUGUGAAGACCCCCGCUGUCAGGAGUGUCUAGACGGAGAAUAUCAGAGCAGCUACACACGCGAGACCAAAUGUGAACGUCAACCAAGCUGUGACAUGAAUUUAAAUUUUCUGCCACAAAGUAAUCCAAGUAAGACCGAACUAAGCAAAUGCCAAUGCAAACAUGGAUACUACUGUUCAGCAGAGGAUGACUGCAGCACUUGUAGGAAACAUACAGUUUGCAAGCCAGGACAGAGAAUCGUCAAAUAUGGGACAUCAAUAAGUGAUACUGUGUGUGAAGCAUGUAAAGAUGGAACAUUUUCCACACAUGAUUCAGCCAGCAUCUGCCAUGAAUGGACAAAAUGUAAAGAUGGAUAUGUUCAAGGCACUUCUGGCAAUUUAACAUCAGACAGGACCUGUGUGCAGGGUACACCCUCUGACAGAGUUGCCAUUUUGUUCUUAGUUGGAGGAGUUCUGUUGUUAAUCGUCACAGCCGUAGUUCUUAUGAUAUACAUCAGAAAACGUAAAAUUGGAUGGAAUAGGAUCCCCAAAGACCCCAUAGUGGGUAUAGGCAUAAUUCAAAACGGAGACAAUCAAGCUGUUAGGGAGAGAGGGGACCAGCCAUUUAUCCAACAGCCUCAGGAGGACAUUGACAACAGUGAACCUGUGAGCCCCUCGUCAAGUAACGUGACUGAAAAUGGAAAUGUUGUAGAACAAGAAGAUGGCAAACACUCUAUCAUUGCAAGUUCUGAAACAGGGAGCACUUUCUUCUAAAUAGCACAGAAAUCUGUGCUCGCAGCAUGAUGCAAUCCUCAACAUACAGAGCAUUAUGUUAUAAAUCACUGGCGUACUCUAAACAUCCCUAAAGUACUGUACAACAAACUAGCAUGUCACAAUAUUCACAUUACCAUUACUUUGUUUUGGAGUCUUCAAAGUGUUACAUUAAGGGCUGAAACAGUAGGGCCUUGGGAUGAGCUUUGUGUUUGCAAACAGACAGAGAGUGAACUUUAUGUGAAUUUCACUACAGCUGAAAGUGUUUGCCGCUCCAAUAGCAUCCUGUAAUUGUGACGAAAUGCUGCUGUUACCUCGCAGUUGAGGAACACAAUAAAUACAAGUUAAAAAUAAAAAGCAUUCAAAACUAUUUAGAAACAAACAAAAGUAAAAUAGAAACAGUGAUGGAUUGUAAUGGCGUUUGAGGGUUUUUAAGCUAGCAUAGCCUCCAUGCAUACAUUAAGGGAGUAACACUAGCCUUGUCUUAUCCUUAAAGUAUACAAAGAAAGAAGGUUAGAGUUGUGUAGGAUAGAGGGGUAAAAAGAAGCAGGAACUACUAGACCUGUGAAUCCAAUUGCACUUAAAGGAAUGUUCCGGGUUCAAAGCAAGUUCAGCUCAAUCGACAACAUUUGUGGAGUAAUGUUGAUUACCACAAAAAAUGGCUCGUUUUCUUUAAAAAAAGCUAGAUUGAGUUAACAGUGAGGCGUUUGCAGUGGAAGUGAAUGGGGACAAUUUUUGGAGGAUUUAAAGGCAGAAAUAUGAAGCUUAUAAUUUCAUAAAAGCACUUACAUUAAUUCUUCUGUUAAAUCUGUGAAUUAUUUGAGCUGUAAAGUUGUUUAAAUUGUCAUUUUUGUGGGAUUACAGGGUUUACGGCUUUACGUUGUUAUGGUAACGGUUUAAAAUGGAUAUAACUUUUUUACGUUUACAGAUUUUAACGUUUACUAAUUGGCCCCAUUCACUUCAACUGUAAGUGUUGCACUGUAACCCAGAUUUGUUUUUUUUUGUUGUUGUUUUUU